CAGCAGCUCCGCUUGCUUCGUCUCAGUAAUUUUUUGUUAUCAAUGAAAACAACCGCCUGAACGCCGUACCGUUCGACUGGUUGAGACCAAUCGCGGGAUAUACGUCGUGCCCGUGUUUUUAUAUCUAUCCGUUCCACGUAGUGACUGAAGUUAACCUUAAACGAAGUGGCGGUCUCGGUGGUGUCGCGAAAUAGUCCCGCGGCGGAGAGAGAGACUCGUCCCGGUCGUUAGACGUCGUCGACGAGAGUGCGUUUAUUUCGCUCCGUUUCUCGGCCACAGUGUUUCGAGACGGAGACGUGUGAAAAGGAAAGUGCAUCGUCAUCGAUGUGAGAGAUCGAGGCUAGGAAGAAGGCCCGCCGCAGCAGGAGGGAGGGAGAGAAAGAGGGAGAGAGAGCGAGAAAGGAGUCGUUCGUGGGACAGAGAGGCCGUUACAUCGAACCGGGAAUUUUGGCAAGCGUCGCUCCGUUAGGGAGCUCCAGGGGUGGCAACGGUCUCGCUAGGAGGUGUCGAAGCUGGCGCGAGGGGCGGGAGAGUCAGCGGUGGCCUGGCUCUGGUUCCGGUGGUAGCGGCGGAAACGGAAGCCGUGACAGCAGCAGAUCAGAGAGAGGGCCUGGGAGUGAACGGUGGGACCUGCUGGAGGGGGAGGCUCGUUCUUCUUGCUCCUCUUCCUGUUCCCGGUGGUGGAAAGCCUGAGGACAUUCGUUGGCCGCCGGAAAAAGCGUCGACGGCGUGACACCGGGCCCCGACCGACCGCCUCCGUGUGAGAACUCGAGCGAGAUAGAAGCCGCUCGUCGCCCCCUCGAGAACCACGUUUUAAGCUUCGCCGGGGGGUGCAACCACCUCCACCACCUCCUUACGAGACACCCACUUCCCACCCUUGACGGGUGUUCUCCCGUGAUCGACGUAUCGCUAGACGGGCAUCAUGAGCGAGCUCGACAACCUCCGUCAGGAGGCGGAGGCCCUGAAGAAUGCCGUUCGAGAUGCUAGGAAAGCAGCAUGCGACACGACGUUGGUUCAGGCCACGUCCGGCAUGGAGCCAAUUGGUCGGAUACAGAUGCGCACGAGACGCACGCUUCGCGGUCACUUAGCCAAGAUUUACGCGAUGCAUUGGGGUAGUGAUUCAAGAAACUUAGUGUCGGCGUCGCAAGAUGGAAAACUAAUUGUCUGGGAUAGUUACACCACCAACAAAGUUCACGCGAUCCCCCUGCGGUCCUCGUGGGUGAUGACCUGUGCGUAUGCACCGUCUGGUAGUUACGUGGCAUGCGGUGGGCUGGACAACAUUUGCUCCAUCUAUAGUCUUAAAACUAGGGAAGGAAACGUAAGAGUCAGCAGAGAACUACCUGGUCACACUGGGUACUUGUCUUGCUGUCGAUUCUAUGACGACAACCAAAUUGUCACUAGUUCUGGGGACAUGACUUGUGCCCUGUGGGACAUAGAAACUGGUCAACAGUGUACCUCCUUUAUUGGACACACGGGCGACGUAAUGUCCCUCUCCUUGGCACCAGACACCCGCACAUUCGUUUCCGGUGCGUGUGACGCCAGUGCAAAGCUCUGGGACAUUCGUGAGGGAUCUUGCAAGCAGACCUUCCCGGGUCACGAGAGUGACAUCAACGCUGUCACGUUCUUCCCUAAUGGAUACGCUUUCGCGACGGGUUCGGACGACGCGACUUGCAGACUGUUCGACAUCAGGGCGGAUCAGCAACUGGCGAUGUAUAGCCACGACAAUAUUAUCUGCGGUAUCACGAGCGUAGCGUUCAGCAAGAGCGGUAGAUUAUUGCUGGCCGGCUACGACGACUUCAACUGCAACGUCUGGGACUCCAUGAAGGUUGAACGAGCUGGAAUCCUUGCCGGCCACGAUAAUCGUGUAUCUUGUCUGGGCGUCACGGAGGAUGGUAUGGCGGUAGCGACGGGCUCCUGGGACUCGUUCCUACGUAUUUGGAACUAACUUGGGGUUAAUCCCAAGACGUUCCUCCAAAGAACCAACUGCAGCCAAUCAGCAUACAGUAUAAGCAUUAAGUACCACCACUUGACCACCGAAGUCGGCGUGUCCGUAUCCUCGAUGGAGGCGAACUACUCGCCUGGUUCACCAGAGUUGACUUUGAUCAGAAAGUUUGGACAACCGAUAGACACGAACAACAGCAAGACCAAGAACAGUAGUAAGAAAGGCCACGACGGCGGCAGCAACAGCAGCGGCGGCGGCGGCAGCAGCAGCGAAUUUAAGAACGUUUUGGGUUGUGGUGGUAAAAAAGACUACCGGAGACGCGUCGUCGACUUGACCUGGCGACGUGGCAAGGUCGGCGAUAAAAUGACUCGUGAAUAUCAGCGCUUCUAGUACGAAUACACACAUCGUUCGCCCGACGAUCGAACGUAUAUUAUCAAUGGAUGAUCGAGGAAAAAAAAGCGCGCGGUGAAAGGAAGAACGGCGAAACGGAGAGGAGCACCAAGGCGUAGACAGAGCCAAAUCUCUCCGGGUGUCGUGUGCACACUUCUUUUCUCUAAUACCCUUUCUCAACGAUCACUGUUGGCGAACCUACGAAGAGCACGUGCUGUUACACACACACCAAACACACACACGUACACGUACACACCUUCGAUAGCCUCUCCUCGAUGAUUAUCCCAGCUUACGAAGGUUACAGACCAGAAAACGUAGACGAUCAUCGUACGGCCGGUGGCUCGUUCCACGGAAGAAAGAAGCGUUUCUAUUACGAACAAAUAUAUAUAAAAAAAAAUAAAGAUUCCGAGCGUUCACUGCCGAUGAAGCGCCGACACGGCUGCUCCGGCGAUUGAUUUUAUGUUCUUCUCGACACGCACGAAGCAAGUCGUACCAGGCGAGAUACAAUGAAAGAACGAAAAACACGGCCGCUCGUGCAUGGCACAAAAGCAAAUACACGAUCAUGAAAACUAUGUGUAUAUAUAUAUAUAUAUGUGUGUGUGUAUAUAUAUAUAUAUAUACGUAUGUUGACGGGCGGCCAAAGUUACGAUAAUCUCGCAUAUUGCAUUCAACCUACACGCACACCGUACGCACGUGUAUUAAAUACGUACAUAGAAAAACUACAUACAUUUGCACACAAACGCGAAGUACCGUAAACAAAAGGUAUCCGCCAUUAAUUACGUAACAGGCGAUCCACGAACCCAUGGACGUAUUAAAGUCACACUAUCUCCGAUCAUGUUUUACCUUAUUUCUUAUUCGUCUAAUUCUUGUUUUCCCGUUCUUUUCUUUUCGAUCUUUCGAUUUGUCAUGUUUCUUCGCGAGCCAUCUUGCCGGCCCUAUUCCGGGGGUGCGAACGAACGACACGGGGGGGGGAAAAAAGGAUCGGCGAAGAUUGAAGUCGUUUCUUGUGACUGUAUCCGCCGAGUUUGCAUUAAUAUCUUUGAUUAAUUUUUUAUAGAUGUAUCAUUAUUUAUUUUGUAUAGACCUCUGCUAUAUAGACCAUCCUAAACUUU